AUGAGUUUCAAGGGUUUUCAGAAGAGCAUCGUGCGUGCCCCGCAGCAGCUCAAGGUCAAGUUCAACAUCGGUGAACACACCAAGGAUGCCGUCUAUACCGACGCCGAGCGGCGCUUCGAUGAGCUCGAGAAGGAGACCAAGAAGCUGCACGAUGAAUCCAAGAAGUACUUUGAAGCUAUCAACGGCAUGUUAAACCACCAGAUCGAAUUCUCAAAAGCAAUUGCCGAACUCUACAAGCCCAUCUCCGGCCGUGCCUCAGAUCCCGACUCCUUCAAAUUUGAAGGAAAUCCCGAAGGCAUCCAAGCCUGCGAAGACUAUGAGGCCAUUGUGCGGGAACUGCAGGAGUCUCUCGCCCCAGAGCUGGAUAUGAUCGAGAGUCGAGUCAUCAGCCCCGCCGACCAGCUGCUGGAAGUGAUCAAGGUGAUUCGAAAGGUCGCCGUCAAACGUGACCACAAGAAGCUGGACUACGAUCGGCAUCGCGCAUCGCUGAAGAAGCUGCAGGAUAAGAAGGACAAGUCGCUCAAGGACGAGAAGGCCUUGUACAAGGCGGAGAACGAUGUCGAACAAGCGACUCAAGAAUACAAUUACUAUAACGAUUUGCUGAAGGAGGAGCUCCCCAAGCUGUUCCAGCUCGAGGCCGAGUUCAUUCGCCCGCUAUUCCAGUCUUUCUACUAUAUGCAGCUCAACGUCUUCUAUACGUUGCACGAGAAGAUGCAGGGCAUGAGCAUCAGCUACUUCAAUCUCACUCUCGACGUGGAGGAGGCCUUUGAGCAAAAGCGCGGUGAUGUCCAGGAACGCGCCGAGGAACUGGUCAUCGUACACUUCAAGACAAAGGGACUCGGCCGGUCAAACUCGAAGGUGGGCUCGCUGAAGGCCUCCGAGGCCAAGACCGGCCGUGGACGUGCAUCGUCGACUGCUUCCGAACAACCUCCGCCUCCAUACUCCUCCGCUGCCACCUCCAGCCCAACGGGCAGCUUCUCCGCUGCAGCCAAGGGCAAGCCUGCUCCCCCUCCUCCACGGGCGAAACCCGCGCAUCUCAACAAACACAUCGAGACAGUGGUUGCUCUUUACGAUUAUGAGGCCCAAGCCCAUGGUGAUCUUGGAUUUUCUGCGGGUGACGUGAUCGAAAUUGUGUCCCGGACAGACAAUCAGAAUGAGUGGUGGACUGGGCGGGUUGAUGGCCGGGAAGGUCAAUUCCCAGCAAACUAUGUCCAGUUCCAAUAG